GUUCGGUGCACGUGAUUUUCGAGAUGCAGUCGACGACAUUCUUUUUGGUAUAAAUAAACGAUAACGUUGGAAAAUUAGUUAAUGGUUAGUCAGAUCUUGAAGAAAUAACAAGUAUUUUUACAGUGUAUGUGAAAAUUCAAUCAUAUUGCUCUUCAUAGACGUACAUAAUAAUAUAUAGCAGAGGAUAUAGCCUAGUAUUAGAUUUUUGUUAAUACUUUGGUUGAUUUUAUAUUUUGGAAUUUGGAAUAUAAAAUUCCUGAUACCUGACCAGAUGAUGGCUCUUACCAGCAACCAGAUUCAACAAAUUGCUGAGCCUACUAACAACUAUGGAACAAAUAAUAUGAAUGACAACAAUAAUAGUUGUUUUUGGAAAAGACCCAAAGAGGAUACUGAUGAAAGAUCGUUUAAUUUCAACAUUAAACCAGAAGAUAUGGAGUUCCACAGAUCACGAAAAACAUCUAAACAGCAACGGGAUCCGAUGUCCCACAGAAUUAUUGAGAAACGUCGGAGAGAUAGGAUGAAUAAUUGUUUAUCAGAUUUAAGUAAACUCAUCCCACAUGGUUAUAUUAAACAGGUAAAUAUAAACACCAGAAAUAGAGACAUACAGGAUCUGAGUUGCUGUUAUUUAUUUAUGAAUAUACAGGAUCUGAGUUGCUGUUAUUUAUUUAUGAAUAUACAGGAUCUGCUGUUAUUUAUUAAUAGACAUACAGGAUCUGAGAUGCUGUUAUUUAUUUAUGAAUAUACAGGAUCUGCUGUUAUUUAUUUAUAG